AUGUCCUUAUUGGGCAUAUUGGGGAAACUUUUUGUUUUUUUGAAUAUUGGUAACACUUUUAGUAAAGUUUGCAUGAAAACAAAAAUUGAAAGUGAUUUUAAAGGCGAAUUUACAAUACCAGCCUUAUUUCCCUUAAGAUGUUCUUCAACAGAGCAUAUAGAUAUGAGAACUGUUGCAUGGAUUGAAGCUUUGAAAUAUACUGUUGAAGAAGAGAAUAAAAAGCAAAACAAGAGAUUAUUUGAUUAUGUCAUUUACGAUACUUAUGAUUCCACAAACUUUGACAAGACCUCGUUUGCUAUUCUAGACACAUUAAGGUUUAGCUCUAGCAAUAAAAAUAAAAGCUGUGCAUGCAACGACUUCGUUCAACAAAACAAAAUAUUAGGGUUUAUUGGUCCAUCAGAAUCAGCAAAUUGUUUAUACGCACUUGCACUAACACUACCUUAUACUAACUUUCCGAUCAUCAGCUAUUCCGCAACAAGCAUGGAUUUAGAUAACAGAGUUUUAUAUCCAAAUUUUUUUCGUACGGUUCCCCCUGAUAACUAUCAAGUAUUAUUUAUCAAAGACAUUUUAAAAAACUUUCAUUGGACAUUUGUUGCCGUGAUAGCGAUUGAUACCUCGUACGGCAGAGCAGGAAUUGAACAACUUAUUAAAGUGAUUGAAAAUGAUACGUCCGAAGAAAAAGUUUGCUUAGCUUUUACGGCAUUACUACCGCAAGUUUAUGAUCAAAGUAAAUAUUCAAAUGUAGUAGAAAAGUUAAUUAAAGAAAGCGCAACCAAAGUUAUUGUCGUUAUUGGAACAUUUAAUCUCGUACAAAAUUUAUUAAUCGAAUCGGAUAGUAAAAAUUUAUCAAAGCGAAUAUAUCUUUUAAGUGAAGCUACUGGUAAAAAUAAUUGGUUUUUUAAGUACAGCAACAUAUUUCAAAAUAUUUUUCUAUUUAUUGUUCAGACUGAGGGGGAAGAUAAUUCAUUUAAAAAAUACUUUUUUGGUUUAACUUAUCAAAAUGCAAGUCCAUGGUUAAAAGCAGUUUUUGAAAAACAUGGAGCAACUGAGAGUUCAAAUACAACAAAUGACAUAUCACAAGUUUUUGAUCUUAGCCUGGUUUCAUUUGUUCAAAAUUCAGUUAAAGUUUUAAUUGAAGCAUUUUAUUUAUAUCAAAAGUUGUAUUUCCCUAAUCAGAUUAAAGAAAUUUACAAUAGAACCUCGUUUAUCGAACAAAUCAAAAAUAAAGUGAGACGUUUGAGUAAUUGUGAACAACAGUUGUGCAUUGUGCAUGGCAUUCAACUGGGUGUUCAAGAAAUUUUGUACAAAAUACCGUCAGCUUGUGCAAAAAGAAGCUUGAAAGUUAUCUGCAAUUGCAACAAUAUCAGUGAAAGUGAUGAGGAUAUUAGCACUGACGAUGACACAAACAAAAGCAAUGACAAUAAAGAAGACUUUUCCGGCGGGUUUCAAGUUGUAAUGAGUGAAAAAUAUGAUCCUAUUGAACUGAUUGUGAUCUGCAGCCGUUAUCACUAA